AUGGGCCGUCCCGCAAUUUCUGAGUUCUGCUCUGGCAAAGUAAUCGAAAAUAGGUUAUAUUCACACAUUCUUUUUUGUUGUAUAGUUUUUGAAGAAGUCGAUGAAGAUGACGAUGCAUUCAAGCACUGUGUAGCAGACAUAAUACUAAUACUAACGAAUAUCGAGAUGAUAACGGAUCCUAAAGUAGCAACUCACUGUGAAUUUAUUUCAUCCAUUCUGCAACAGUACAGCCUUACCAUUGUUAGAAAACAUAUCAAGGAGGAAAAAACUCUAUAUUUCAUUGAAGAAGGAUAUCUCUAA